AUCACUGCAGUUGUCUUGAGAAUAGGCUGAAGAGUUCUUAGUGAAGUAUUCCAGUUCAUAAUGUAUAAUAAGCCUGGUUAGUGCAUUUGUAAAGCUCAUGUUCAAAUAAUACAACUAUGGCUCACAUUCAGCAUCUUGAUGACCUUGUCAAAGAGUAUCUGCUCUUCCGAGGCUUCAGUCAGAGUUUGAAAACAUUUGAAAAUGAUCUCAAGAUUGACAAGGACAAAGGAUUCAGGGUUGAUCGACUUACUGAUCAAAUUAUGAGCUACAUUCAAACGUAUGAUCUUCAAGGGCUCCGAGAUCUCUGGAACCAUUUUGACAGGAGGAUCUUCACUCGCCUCAGUCCUUCAAUGCAACCUUAUGUGCGCAAGCUGGAGACGAGUGUGCUGAGACUGUAUGUGGUCAACACUCUUCAGACAAACAAAGUUGACAAAUUGCAUGAGUUUUUUGACAAGAUGGCUCCUGAACUUCAGACAUCGCCAGAGUGGAGAGACUGGUUUGUGCUGCCAUAUCUGAAAGGGGCUGAAGAUAACCCCACAUUUGCCAUGUACUUCAGUCGUCAGUGGCAAGACACCCUCAUGGUCUCUCUCACCAACUUUCUAUCUGUUGUUUUUCAGAACUUACAGCUGCCAACAUUGGCACGUCACGAGGAAGAGAGCGAGUAUAUCAGAUCACUGCAAGAAGAGGCAGAACAGCUUCGUGUGCGGCUCAAUGCAGCUCUUUCCGCCACGCCUCCUGCUCCAGGCGGAUUUUCGUUGGACGGCGUAAUGGACGACGUCGCCCCCCCGCCCCCGCCCGCACUCCUCAUGGACGACUUUUACAGCAUCGCCCAAGAAUCGCCAGGAGGUUCAGAAGUUCAGAUGAGGUCAUUCAAGAAUUUUUUCGGGUUCGGGGGCGGCCACCAGCCUCAGUCUUCAGAGGCUGACCGCGGCAGGCAGCAUCAGCAAACUCACGCGCCUCAGGCUGGGAGCGAUGGGCGACGCACGGCAUCCCAAGCUCCUUCAGAUCGCCGCCGGGGACGAUCAUCCAGUCUUGCGGCCGCCUCCAGUCGAGGAACUUUGGACGACAAAAGUGUUGCCGGAGUUCAGAACAACACUACGGGCAGUACCAGCAGCGCCUCCGUUACAAGGGAGCACCCGCCAGUGCAGCGACUGGGAACUCGUCGGUCGCGGUCCCCUGGCAGAAGCUCCUCUGGCUCCAUCGACGGCAGCUUUGCCAAGAAAGAGCCGCCAUAUUCAGUAGCAAAGAGUACGACAGUCACGUCUGAGCAGACGAGUGUGGUGACGUGCGUUACGUUCAGCCCCAGCGGCAAGCUCCUCGUGACAGGCGACGCAGCGGGGACAGUCACACUCUACUCUAACCUCUGUGACAGUGUGACGUCGCGAGUUGCGGGCGGAGAGGGCGCUGUGCGCGGGUCAGUGGCGGCGCUCGUGUGGCUAAGUGACGCCGACCGUCUCCUGCUGGGGGCCGGCCAGCCUGGUCACCUCCUGCUCUACGACUGCCUCGAGGCCAGGCCCGUCUGGGAGACUGGCCCUGACUGCUCGCCACUUCUCAAAGAUAGACGGCUUUUGUGUGCGUGUGCUGACCCGUCUUCAGCUCGCGUGCUGCUCAGCGUCGCUCCCCGAGCGUCGAAGAGCCAGGCUGGAAUCUCGUCAGCGCAGCCCGCGCUGCUCUCCAUUGACGUCAAGACUCGCAACGUCGAGAAUGUUCAUCAGUUCGGUGCGCGUGGCACCGUGAACUGCUGCGCUGUGAACCACAACGGCAGUCUGGUGGUGUGCGGCUGCAGUGAUGGAUGCGUGCGAAUUGUCGACCUGCGUUGCCUGGAUGUGAUAGCGACCUGGCCUGCACACACAGGCCAGGUCUUCACUGUCAAAUUGUCGCAUCAUCAGGAGAAGCUUUACACCAUCGGCAGCGACAACAAGUUGCUGUGCUGGAGCCUCACUCAGACGGGCCAAAAGAUGACCGAGCGCGCCCUGCACAAACAAGCGGCAGGACCGUUCAUGGUGGGGGGUAGCAGCCGCCCUGUGUUGCUACGGCCGUACGGGGCGCUCUUUGCCCUCACCAACAACGACGAGUUCAUCUUAACCUGCUCCGCCUCGGGAACCACCGUUUACGAGGUUAGGGGCGACACUGCGGUUGUCGUGCAGGAGCUAAGCGGCCAUCACUCGGACGCGGUCGUAACCCUGGACUGGCACGGCACAGCGGACGGUAAUGGAGAAGGACUGCUUGCCACAGCGUCCUUGGAUGGUUCGGUUGUCGUAUCGAGCCUUGCUUAUGGGGCUUGAAUGUAUUAUAUUAGUUUUACUUGGUAAAUCCAUCUUCCCUCUGAAAUCUUCAUUUCUGUAUUAGCAUAUUUUCCUUAUUGGAUCUGAAUAAUUUUUUGAACUAUAUAGAUCUGAAAAUAUUUGUAUUUUAGAUCAUAUCAACAAGAGGCUGCUAAUUAAGUUAGAAGAUCUGAGGAUAAUAACAAUAAAUACCACACUGUGAGAGAAUGAUUUACUUUAGUAAGUUGCAAUAUUUUUCAUAGUUGACAAAAUUUUUUGUUGUCUGAAUUAUUGAAAUAUUUAUUUCUCAGAUUGAAAUGGCGAUGACAAUCUGUUAAAUCAAUAUAUGGCUUCCACAUGUAUUUAGUCCCUCUUGGAUACACCAAAGAAAGAUAAUGUAAGGAGCUAUCUUGUCUCAUCAUUGUUCGUCUCAUUAUAUUAUUAUGCAAGUUUAAGUGAAAGAUCUUGCAGCUACGGCAGCGAAUUAUUCCACGCUGCAAGCGUCUGUUCAUUUUACUGCAGCUGCUACAAUAUGGUGGUUCCGUUGAUUGGAACAUGAAAUUUAUGAUAGAAAUAACUUAAAAUAAGGUACGUUUCGGUGUCGUCUGUUAUAUCCAUAAUAUCAAUUCAAUUGUUUGUACAUUUUAAGAUUAGCUAUUUAUUCUACAGCCUAUUUCAAUAAAGUAUUUUAGUACCUUAAA